AUGAGUACCUCUACUUCAUUGCCUACCUCUCUGCUGUCCCCCACUUCUUCUUCCUCUUCUUCUCCUUCUUCUCCUUCUCUAUCCCCACCUGCGUAUUCAGCAUACACUGCUCCGGGUCGUCUGUGGAAAAUCAAGAACGCGAAGUACCGGUCUACCUUUGUGAAGAGAGACGAUCUAAGGAUAGAAGAUUUUCGGGAGCAUGUUGGAUAUAUCAAAGAUCCACACUUCAUCAGCGCAUACGGUCCAAACCACAUACAACUGACUUGUGAAUUACCAAAUCUCAUCCAAAUUCAAUAUAGUCAAGUUUUCUGUCACCUUACUGAGCUCCUUAACAGUUUCCAGAACUGCAUAAGCGAGAUGAGCCCACUCCAAGAAGAGGACCUGCUAUUCCUCCUGCUUCGUCGAUUUGCAGAUUCGUCCGAUGCAACCGUAUACGCAGAGAUCAGGCGUUCGGAAGAUGUCCAAAUCUACGAUUCCACUAUUCAAGAACCACUUGAAUCAAUGAUAGUGGAAGGCUCUCUGAGCCACGAUACUAGUGUUAUCCAUGCUGAUCUACAUACGAACUACGCAGAGCUUCAGCAAGAGCACUUAGCAGACGAACCGGCUUACACCCCCCUACCCCAGACGCCUUCGGAAGUGGAUGUCACUUGUGCGGUGACAGUUAACUUCCCUGCAACGAUGCCUAUCGAACUGUCAGAUGGCUUAAACUUGUGUCCAGACAGCCCACCGGAGUAUACAGACUCAUCAGAGUGGACAGAGAUCUUGCCCGAGCAUGAUUGGACUCAGUUGCCGGCUAAGUUCCAGCCUCCGAGUUUUCGUAUACAUCGAUGUCACCAUAGAGGAGUGGAGCGUGGUGGUGAAGACGAUGCUUUUGAGCUACCUCUGGGGUUUCCUGAGAUAUUACAGCACAUGGAAGAAACUUGCGACGAUGUUCCCUACGUUACGUUCCGGAUUCACAAUCAGUCAAGGGAUUCCUUACCUCUAAGAGAAGGGGGUACUCAGAGCUUUGAGUGCGAUUUGUUCGCCACGAUCCCCUCGCUAUACAUCACAGUGAAGCGGAACGAGAGUCUCUUGUUCUACGAAUGCUUCAGGAACAGAAAGGACUGGAUCUCAUCUCACAGCGGUCAUGAGGAGUGUACUGGGUGUUAG